AUGGGUGACUACUUGAAAGCACUUGAAUUUUACGACAAAGCACAUAAUAUAAAAGAAAAAACGCUGCCUUCAAAUCAUCCGGAUUUGGCUACUUCGUACAACAACAUUGGCGGAGCAUAUAACGACAUGGGUGACUAUUUGAAAGCACUUGAAUUUUACGACAAAGCACAUAAAAUCAGAGAAAAUACGCUGCCUUCGAAUCAUCCCUUAUUGGCUACUUCCUACAAUAACAUUGGUGGAGCGUAUAAUGAUAUGGGUGACUAUUUGAAAGCACUUCAAUUUUACGACCAAGCACUUAAAAUCAGAGAAAAAACGCUGCCUCCAAAUCAUCUCUUAUUGGCUACUUCGUACAAUAAUGUCGGUGGAGCAUAUAACGACAUGGGUGACUAUUCAAAAGCACUUGAAUUUCAUGACAAAGCACUUGAAAUUAGAGAAAAAACGCUGCCUCCGAAUCAUCCCUCAUUGGCUACUUCGUACAACAACAUCGGCAAUGCGUAUUUUGGCAUGAGUGACUACUCGAAAGCACUUUCAUUUCUCGAAAGGUCACUUGUUAUCUUACAAAAAUCACUUCCGCCAACACAUCCUCUAAUUAAAACCGCGACAGAUAACAUUAACUCUGCGAAGAAGAAGAUGUAA